AUGACCUUGUUUGUCAUCAUAGUGCUGGUCUGUGUGGCUGAUUACACACAAGGAGCUGGAUGUAAGGAAGGACAGCAUUGCUCUGACUGCGACGUCAACGGCGAUUGCUUACAGGAUUGUGACAAAGGCUUUUAUGGGCUCAAGUGCCAGUCGCAAUGCAGCAGCACGUGCAGAUACAAUAUGUGUAAACUAGUCCCGGGUAAAGGUUCAUACACGUGCUCUCAUGGAUGUGUACCGGGAUACCAAGGCAUAAUUUGUGACGGACCAUGUGACAGUCACGUGGUCAACUGUACAGUGUGUCCAGGUGGAUGUGACGGGGAGUACUGUCAGCUGAGUGAUGCUUGUUUUGCCGGAUGUCGAGACUCCAGGUACGGAUCAGGAUGCAAGACGUGUCCCAGUAACUGCAGAACCUGCAACAGGAUGACAGGAGUAUGUGACGAGUGUGACCCAACACAUUAUGGGGUAAACUGUGAGGUGACGUGUGAGAACUGUGCAGGAUCCUGUGAGUCUGACUGUGAAUGUGUUCCUGGCUUCUACGGGGAUUUCUGUGCCGAGAUUUGCAGUAAAACUUGCCGCCCCAAGUCAGUCCACAAGUGUCUUCCUGCUGUGACGUCAGACAGCUGUACAGGUGAAUGUCACAAAUACAGCGCCACGUGUCUCCAUGGCUGUGUGGAUGGCUGGUUCGGCCCGAGGUGUUCUUCUCCCUGUAAUCCUGGAUGUCGACAUCAAAGAUGUAAUGCAGCCGGUUCCUGUGCUGAAGGCUGUGAACUUCAUCAAUUCGGGUCAGCCUGUGAACCUUGUCCUAAGAACUGCGCCAACCGAACAUGUGACUCCAAAAACGGCACAUGUGUGGAUGGGUGCAGAGAUGGGUUCUACGGUGAAUACUGUAAUGGAACAUGUACACUGUGUUCUCAUGGUGUUUGUGAUCGGAACACUGGUGCUUGUGUGAAGGAUUGCAGUGUCAGCGAAGACGAAAGUGAGCUUAACUGUACACGGACCUGCCCCCAGACAGGAUGCUCUACGGGCUAUAGUAACAGCGCUAUCCACAGGCUAUUGUCCAUGUGGCAGCUGUCCAUAGACUACUGUCCAUGUGGCAGAUAUUAA